CCACCCUGAGCAUGGAGUCCAAUUGGGGGUUCGAUCUCAGAACUCUGAGAUCAUGACCUGAGCCCAAAUCAAGAGUCCGAAUCUUAACCAACUGAGCCACCCGGGCGCCCCUUCUUUCUUCUUAAUAAAGUAAGUACUCUUUUUCAAGUGGAUCACUUAUAGGACUGUAACUGUCAUAGGCCUUUUCUAACUUUCUCAGCCAUAGUUAACUGCUUCCCGGUUGUACGCCCCUUGUGUCCGGGACGUGACAUACAGAACAUACCGCAUUGUGUUGUAAUACUUUUACAUUCUGGUUUUUCCUUUGGACCAUGGUUCGUUUGGGGCAGUAACUGUGUCUUAUUUAUAUCUGUAACAAUGCCUUGCCUAUGGUAGGCAUUAUAGGUUUUUUGAGUGGAAGUGUAGACUUGUUCCUGAAGUCUAUUAUAUUCUUGUAAUCUCCAGUCUUCUCUGAAGCUCCAGCUCAGUGGUUCUUAGCUCUAGCAGCACAUUAGAAUCACCUGAAGAUCUCUGUAACUCUCUUUAGAGUGGACCCCACGUAUCAAUUGUCCAAAGCUUUUCAGGUGAUUCCGACAUGCAGCCAAGGAUGAGAAUCCCUACGACGUCUCCAACUAGGCAGGGCCCUUCCCGCAAUACCAAGGCAGGCGGACUGGUGUGCGCUCAAACUGUCGGUAAUCUGCCGGCUGCCCAGUCAAACAGAUGUGUAUCCUGGGCUUUCCUCUUCCGGCGCAAAAAUGUACACGUACCCUGCCUCAGGCCCAGCCUCAUCCUAGAACCGAAUUCUGCGUUUCUCCGGCCCAAAUUUCAGAACCAAAUCCCUGAAAGUGGGCAAGCUGAAGCAGAAAAAAAGCCUCUUCAAAGCGCCAGGAGACUCGUCGUUCUCGGUCUUUCGGGCGGUGAAAACCAAGGGUAGGGACCGGCCCCAAAGAUCAGACACAUUUCCUUCGGACGGCCCUUCCAUCGGAGGACUGGAGGGACGUGACAUCACACGUAGACAGUACUUCCAGGGUCCGGACUCUGCCCUUUUCUACAAGGAGAGCACACAGGAGGAAUGGCUGCUGUGUCUCCGACUGCCAGGUGCCAGGAAUCAGUGACAUUCGAGGAUGUGGCCGUGAUUUUCACAGAUGAAGAGUGGAGGCAUCUAGUCCCUAUUCAGAGGGACCUCUACAAGGAGGUGAUGCUGGAAAACUAUAAGAGCAUUGUCUCAUUGGGACUUCCAGUUCCUCAACCUGAUGUCAUUUUUCAGUUGAAGAGAGGGGAUGAGCCUUGGAUAGUUGAUCUUCAUGGAUCUGAGGAGAGAGAAUGUCCAGAGAAUGUCUCUCUAGACUGGGAGACUAAGCCUGAGAUUCACGGUGCUUCAGAAGAAGAAUCAGAAGGAACAGCGAGGGGAAAGCUUGGAGGAGAAGUUCCUGUGUGUCCUAAAUUUGAAGCUCAUGCACUGGAGGAUGAGUCGGAAGAAGGAAAGGAGAGCCCUGCCGUCCAGACCUGCAAGAAGUCCCUUUCCCAGAAGGAAAGCUUGCAGCAAGGGUCUACCCCUCUCAAGAAAAUUCUCACUAAAGAGAGAGACCAGGAAUGCAGCCACUGUGGGAAGACCUUUUUUGACCACUCAUCCCUUAUCCGCCACCAGAGGACUCACACUGGAGAGAAGCCCUAUGACUGUCACGAGUGUGGGAAGGCCUUCAGUCACAGGAGCAGUCUCAGUAGACAUCUGAUGUCUCACACUGGGGAGAGCCCCUACGAAUGCAAUGCGUGUGGGAAGGCCUUUUUCGACCGGUCAUCCCUAACUGUCCAUCAGCGAAUUCAUACUGGAGAGAAGCCCUUUAAAUGCAGCGAGUGUGGGAAAGCCUUCUUUGACCGUUCAUCCCUUACCCGACACCAGAGAAUCCAUACCGGAGAAAGCCCUUAUGAAUGUAAUCAGUGUGGGAAAGCCUUUAGCCAGAAGAGUAUUCUUACUCGACAUCAGCUCAUCCACACUGGCAGGAAGCCUUAUGAAUGUAAUGAGUGUGGGAAAGCCUUCUAUGGUGUCUCAUCCCUGAACAGACAUCAGAAAGCUCACACUGGAGAGCCGCACUAUCAGUGCAGUGAGUGUGGGAAAGCUUUCUUUGACCGCUCAUCCCUUACACAGCAUCAGAAGAUUCACACUGGAGACAAGCCAUAUGAGUGCACCGAAUGUGGGAAAGCCUUUAGCCAGAGAUGCCGGCUUACGCGACAUCAGAGAGUGCAUACAGGAGAGAAACCCUUUGAAUGCAGUGUGUGUGGGAAAGUGUUCAGUUCUAAAUCGUCUGUUAUUCAACAUCAACGACGUUACGCCAAACAAGGAAUAGAUUGAGUUGGUGAAAGCUUUAGUCAAAGGACCUCCAUAGAAACUCAAGAUAGGUCUUCCCCAUCAUAAGCAAAUCCAUCCUUUGAGCAUUCUACCUAUUCUGGCUACUAAUCUCCUUUUUCAUCUCUGCUACCACAGUGUGAAUAAACAUUCUCUACCUACCAUGUUAUAGAACUGACAUGGGAUGCCAGAAGUUAGGAUGUGACUCUAAAGGGUCGACAUUUUGCGGAAGUUUGUCAGACAACAGGAUAAAUAUUAGGAGGUGAUCCUCAGACACGCCUCUUGUCUGAGGCCCCAGAUAUCACUGCACUUUAAUAACUGGAGGCUUGAACAGGAGGGAAGGCAAAAUUGGAGCAGCACUGUUGUUUCCAGAACAGUUCUUUUUAUUGCUGUGUCCCUUUCUCUGGGAGCUUUUUUGGGCACCAACCUUGUUCUUUGUGUCCCAGCUUUUAGGUUCCUCCUCCUCCUACUACUACUACUAGUUAGCACUUACUGAGUGCUUAUUAUGGGGUAAGCACUCAUCGGAGAGUUUGGGAAAGAGUAGAUUAUUUGGUCCUCUCACCAACCCUGUGAAGUAGAAGUAGGUACUAUUACUAUCCUUGUUUUACAGGUGAGCAAACUGAAGUUUAUAGGUGUUAAAUAAUUUGCCCAAAGUGACACAGCUAGUAAAAGGUGAAGCUAAUCCUUGAAUACAAGUCUACCUUCAAAGUCUGUUCUCUUAACCAUUAUGGUAUAUGGUUAGUUUAAUAAUUUAUGUACAUGUAUUAUCUCCUCAACUAGAUUGUAAGCACUUGGAGGCGUGACUUAUGUGUCUUUGCAUCUCACACAGUGCCUUGCACAUAAUAGGUGCUCAAUAAAUAUU